AUGACGACGGAGUUGAUGCGAUGUCCGGAGGACGGUAUUACGAGUGUGAUGUUCUCACCAUCAGAGCCUAGCUUGUUAUUGGUGUCAAGUUGGGAUUCGAAGGUGCGUUUGUAUGAUGUGGAUAUGAAUAUUGUUAAAGGGAUGCAGACCCACGCGGCUCCAAUAUUGGAUUGUUGCUUCGUGGGCAGUAGUGGUAGGUGUUUAUCAGGAGGGUUAGGGCGUGAUUUACGAUUGUAUGAUUUCCAGAAGGAGGCUGACACGUUGGUUGGUAAGCAUGCGGAGGCGGUAAGACAAGUCCGUUGGAAUGGUGACACUGGUUUAUUAUUCUCUGGAUCAUGGGAUGGGACUGUAGCUGCGUGGGAUGCACGGAGUCAAUCGUUGAGUCAUCGAGUAAGUCUUGAUACUAAAGUGUUUGCGAUGGCGUUGAGUGAGGGUGCAUAUGCCAAAUUAGUGGUUGGUGAUGCUAGCAAAAAAGUCCAUGUCUACGACCUGCGAAAAUUAGACCAACCGGAACAAGUCAGGUCUGACCUUGUCAAGUAUCAAAUAAGAUGUCUAGCUCCCUUCGCUGACGGAAACGGCUUCGCUGUAGGCACAACCGAGGGUCGGGUCGCCUACGAAUACUUCCAACCCGGCGUUCACGCGCCCAACAACAACAUACCCGUCACUACAAACGCCACCCCGGACACAACCACCGGCUACUCCUUCAAGUGCCACCGAGCAAAAAUGCAAUACGAGGAUAUCGUCAGCUACAGUCACCUUGGUGCUACGGUCGAAACAGACAAAAUAUUCUCGGUUAAUGCCAUUGCAUUCAACCAAAAAUAUAACACCUUCGCCACCGGCGGAGGAGACGGCUCUGUAGCCAUCUGGGACGGUCUUAAGAAAAAACGCCUUUGGCGUCUCAGCAAGCCACUCCCAACCGCCGUGACUGCCCUCGCUUUCAAUGCAGACUCCACCAAACUCGCCGUUGCCGUUAGCCACGACUUCUCCCAACCUCUCGCUGAACCACGUCUUGGUACCUUCGCCCAAAUCAUCGUCAAGGAAGUCGCCCCUGAAGACAUCAAACGACGCACCUAA